AUGGGACACUCCAACAUCUGGAACGCUCACCCUAAGAACUACGGCCCUGGUUCCCGUGCCUGCCGUGUGUGUGGAAACUCGCACGGGAUUAUCAGAAAGUAUGGGCUUAUGUGCUGCAGACAAUGCUUCCGCAGCAAUGCCAAGGAGAUCGGAUUCAUCAAGGUCACUUAUCGUUUUCAAGAUACAACCAAUUGA